AUGUUUGGGAAACAAGACAAAAUGGACGUUAGAUGCAGUUCAGAGACUGAAGCUAACCGGGUCUCGAAGAACGGACAUAAAGAGGGCAAGGAAAGCAAAGGGUCUGAAGGAAAUAUUUCUACUUCUUUUUUGAAGGAUCAGCAAGGGACUUUUUCUGCCUCUGCAGCCACGGAAGACUGUAAUAAAAGUAAAUCUAGUUCGGCUGAUCCAGACUAUUGCAGGAGGAUCCUAGUUAGAGAUGCCAAAGGUUCAAUCAGAGAGAUUAUUCUGCCUAAGGGGCUUGAUCUGGACCGUCCCAAGCGGACC